AGAAACCUAGGACCACACCCAACAGGAGAACCCCUAAAAUAGGUCCUUAUAUUACCUGAGUAUUACAUAUGAGAAACCAUGUGCAUUCAAGUUUUAAGGCGGCAGAAAGAAUAGAAUUUUGCAAUCUCCGCCUACCUAAGUAACUGGACUCGGCCUCGUCGUUCGAAUACCCCCCAAGGGCAACUCCGACCUCCGCCCCGCCUCAUUUCAAGGCUUAGAAUCUGUAUUCGCCCCUGUCAACUGUAUAUAUCUACCUUGGUACAUACUAUCCUUCGACUUUCUUUUAGUCUAUGAGUCCUCUAUAAGGUCAAUCAAGUGCCUACCUACCCUCUACACAUCCUACCUAAGCACCCUAGUCGUCAACUUCCAACUCGCUCCCUCGGAAAUCUAGCAAGUCUGCAGACACUAUCCUAUCUCGGCUUUACCCCACGAAAUUUGGCAGACUUCAAGAUGGCGACUUCAGCAGAUAUGGGUAUGACCUCAUCACAGAUCGCCAAAUUGAUCGACCAUUCCUUAUUACACCCAACCAUGACCGACCAAGAAAUCCUCGCCGGUCUCGAAGUGGCCAAGAAGUAUAAAGUCGCCGCCGCCUGCAUUAAACCAUACUGUAUCCCAGCAGCGAAGACCGUCCUCGACGGUUCAGGGGUGCUUAUCUGCGCCGUCAUUGGCUUUCCCCACGGAAACAGCACCACGGCCAUCAAAGUCCUCGAAGCCGAGGAGGCCGUUAAAGCGGGGGCGCACGAGAUCGACAUGGUCGUCAACGUGGGCAAGGUCCUCGGCGGCGACUGGGAUUACGUGACGGAUGAGAUCCGGGCUAUCAACGAGGCUGUUGUGAAACACGGCGCGAAACUGAAGGUCAUAUUCGAAAACGACUAUCUCGAAGACGAGCAUAUCAUCCGCCUGUGCGAGAUCUGCACGGAUAUCUCAGUCGCUUUCGUCAAGACGUCGACGGGUUAUGGCUUUGUGAAGCAGCCUAAUGGAAUGUAUUCAUACAAGGGUGCUACGGUACCUCAUCUCAAGUUGAUGAAGGCUCAUGUCGGUCCAGCUGUACAGAUCAAGGCCGCCGGUGGGGUCCGGACUCUGAGCGAAAUUUUGACUGUUGCGUCGUUAGGUGUUACUCGGGUCGGUGCUUCGGCUACUACUGCUAUUAUGGAAGAGGCGAUCAGUCGGGAAAAUUAAUACUUUCUUGGGGUCUUUGUUUGUGUCUCCAGUAAAUGGCCAUAGUUGAGCAUAUCGGCUUCACGAUUCAUCUAGUGAAAAAUAUAAACGGCACUAUCAACGCUGUAAUUGGUCACCUCUAUUUACCUGGGUACCUUAGCCUAGAAGAAAACAUACCUGUCAAACAAGCGCUCUAAUGUUGUCUACCUAGUAUCCACAUCACACCCUCUUAUGGAAUAAUAUCUGUCAGGAUCUAGUUCAUUACGGAUGUUGUUUUCAGAAAACUACCUAGUAUCAAACAUCGCGCAAGUGUAAACGUAGUCCUUUAGCUCAUCUCUCAAUCGAGGAUGAAUUUCUCCAGUGCUAUCUAUUCAUUGAAUGUCAACAAAGAGUCUCAUUUGAAGCUCUAACUAUGACCCAUACCCUCUACCGAAGCCAACAACUUUUUUUUU